ACCCACUUCAGCAGAAAAUGAAGCAUUCUGCAAAAUUUUAAGAUAUGGAUCGCUGGGCAGGGCGCGUUGCCUUGGUAACAGGAGCUUCGAAAGGGAUAGGAGAAGCCAUUGCUCGUGUUCUGGUUAAGAAUGGUAUGGUGGUGGUUGGAUGUGCCAGACACGUGGAAGGAAUGCAAACUGCAAAAGAAAAUCUUUCAAGCGAAAAGGGCCGUUUGAUUCCAAUGAAGUGCGACCUUACCAAAACGGAAGAGAUCGAGUCCAUGUUUCAAGAAAUCAAGAAACAGUUGGGCGGUGUGGACGUCUGCGUUAACAACGCUGGGAUUUCAUUUUUUCAAGAUUGCAAGACGGGGACGUUGCCUGAUACGAAAGCAAUGUAUGACUUGAAUGUUUUCGCUGCCAUAGCUGUUUCCCAGCGGACCAUUCAGUCCAUACAAGAAAGGAACAUGGAUGACGGGCACAUUAUCAACAUCGGCAGCAUAUGUGGAACCACGAUUCACGAGGACGUGCCGUGUCACAUGUACUCCCCAACAAAGUAUGCCUUGGGUGCCUUCACGGAGGGUCUGCGACACGAGCUGAGAAAGGAGAAAACGAAAAUACGGACGACGAUGAUAAACCCUGGAUUUGUGGACACGCCCCUUGCAAGAAUGAAAGGUAUUGCUGAAGCAUUCGACCCGGGAAAUUGUCUUCAACCGGACGACGUGGCUUCCGCAGUCACCUAUGUGCUUGGGGCUCCACCAAACGUCAAUGUCCGACAUAUUUGCCUCCACGCCAUUCACGGCAUAUUGUAA